ACCAGGCGGUUGGCGCCCUGCGGUCGUUGCUGCCGCCCUGGGCGCAAAGGCCGGGCCUUUGCUUUCAGCAUCAAUGUCAGUUUGUAAAAUAGCGGGGCUGGAGCCUGGAGGGUUUUGGGGCUUCCAUCUCGAAGGAAAUCUGGGCUGCUCAGGAUUUCCGACUUGGUCACCUUAGAGCCCCUCGGUCAAGGCAGAACCACCCGGUAACCUCUCCACGGCCUCAGCAAGUGUACCCACUCCCCACGGGGGAGACUGGAAGGAAUAAAAAUUUUCCCCCUAUAAUUUGGAAGUUAAGUAAAUAACAAAAUGAAGCCAGUAAAGCAUCUGUUGCCCUCUAGUAAUAAAUCGGCAACUGUUCCAGAAUUAAGUUACAACAAAGGACUUCUUAAUUCACCAUUGCCAUCUAAACCAAAGGAAAAACAAAGUUCAAAAUUAGUGCGUGAUAAACUUGAACCAAUGGUCUUAAGAUCUCCACCAACAGGAGAAUCCGUUGUGAGGUAUGCUUUGCCUAUUCCAUCAAGUAAGACCAAGGAAUUAAUAGCAGAAGAUGAAUUGCUCAGAAAAAUUACCAAACAUCUGAAGAUGGUUGUUUCUACUUUGGAAGAAACCUACGGAAUGUGCAAUGAAACUGUAGAAAAACCACUGGUGAAGUCUGAACCUACAGAAUUAUCUUUAUCUGUUGGGGAUGAUCUAAAUUCAUUCUUGGUAUGUUGUUCACAAUUUGCAGCUCAAUUAGAAGGAGCAGUUAAAGAGGAGAGUCAUAUUUUGGAAUCUCUUUUUAAGUGGUUUCAGCGACAGGUCAAUCAAAUGGAAGAGAUAAGUAAAGAUCAAAGUUUUUCAGAAACAGAGUUUCCAGUACCUGAUAAAGCAGUCACUUUAAGCAUUGCACAAGUAGUUAAGCAAGUGCAAAAACUUGAAGAACUGAAAAAUCGGCUUAAAGGAUCUAAACACCCCUCAAAAGUCAUACUCUCUAAGCCCAAGGAAAGUGAAAGUCCACCAGAAGCAGUGCUAAGUUAUGAAAAUGUACAGCAGAAAAUUGAAGAAUUCAUAAGAAGUAACUCAACUGAAGACUUCAUGGAGGUUUCUGCAACUGAAUCACAAACUAUGUAUUCAGUACCAAAUCGACUGAACGCCAUGUUGAAAAUAUUUGAGAAACAGUCAAAUGUGUUAGAAAGAACUAAGAAUGAUAAAAUUUUGUUAGAAACUAAAUACAAACAGAUGCAAAAUGAUUUCCAAAUGUUAUCAGAGGAGAAAUCGAUGCUGGAAAAUGAACUACAAAAGUUGAAGAUUAUAGAGUCAACAAAGCCGACAUAUGAACGAACAAAGAAAACUAUGAAAAUGGAGAAGAAAAAAGCUAAAGAAAAAUCUGAGGAUUCAGAAGCGAAAAAGUCUCCAGCCAAAGAGCCUAAAACAGAAGAGUUCCUUAAAGCCCAGAAAACAGCAUCUGCUCUGGAAACUGAGAACAAAAUCCUUCAGGAACAACUGAAACAAGCAUUACAGGAAGCUGAAAAAGCUAAGCAUCAACUAAAGUAUUUCCUAAAUCAAGGGGAGUUACUUAAAAGUGACAGGAAAACCAAGACAACAAUGGAAAGGAGUACAAGUGACACAGAAGUUAAAGUUGUAGAUUCAACAUCUCUACCAUUGGAGAAAGAAACAAGAAAAGUACAAAUUGCAGAUUCAAAUGGACAAAAGACAAAUGUUAAGAACCAAGAAUAUCCACAGAUCUCAAGUGUCCACAAUGGAAGCUCGAUUGAAAACAGAUCAGAGAAGAAAAGCGCCACCUCUGCUAUUUCAGAUAUUUCACAGAUCCUCAAGUCUCAAGAUGGAUCAGCUUUUUCAAAGAGUUCAAAUGAAAUUUCAGCUGAUGAAGACCCUUUAACUCUAUCAAAGUCCCGUGAUAAAUCAUUCACAAGCAAAGAAAUUCAAGAUUUACAGUCUGUUGGAACAUUGCUUCCAGGGAGUGAAACAGUGGGCAUUUCACCCCCUAUUGUUUCUAAAAAAAAGCCAAGGGGUAGUGUUAUCUCAAAGGCUUAUAUUUUAGAAGAGAAAUUACAAAGUAAAACUGAAAAACAAACUUACCAAGAAGAAAGAGAAUUUCAAGAUAAUGAUAAAGUACCAGAUGAAAAUCUUAAGCUUGAGAAUCAAACAUUGUCAAAAGAUCCCAUGCACAUGGUGGAUAAAAAAACUUCUAGAACAAAUAGACGUAAUGCAUUUCGUGUAGCUCAGAAAAAUGCUAGGAAAUCUGAUGAAAACACAAUGCCUGAGGAUAUGGAUUUAUUUUUAAGAAGCCAAUCUGAAACUAACAAUAUUAAAGCUACCGAAAAUGAGACUCUUAAUACUUACGAAGAUGUACCAGGUGAAAAUCUUAUGCUUGAGCAUGAAGAAUUGAUGGCAGAAAGAGAAAUACAAGUAAAGAAAAAAAAAUCUUCCCGAGGCGAAAAGCUCAUUACUCAUGGUAAAUUACCAGAUGAAAAUUCUGUGCUUGGGCAUCAAGGCGCAGUGUCAAAAACCCAACUGCAACUAAAGAAACACAGAACUUCUAAAGGGGAAAAAUUCAAGACUUAUGAUACAGUACCAGAUAAUAAUCUUAUGCAUGAGAAUCAAGAAUCAAUUUCAAAAACCCAAGUGCAAGUAAAGAAACAAAGAACCUCUACAGAGAAAAAGAUCACUACUCAGGAUGAAGUACAAGAUGAAAAUUAUAUGCUUGAGCAUCAAGAUUCAAUAUCUAAAUCAGACAUUCAAGUGGAGAAUCAAAGAUCUGGUAAUGGGGAAGGACUUAUUAUUAACAAUGAAGCAGCCUCAGAACUUCCAGAUGUAGCAGAAAAUCUUCCAGCAAUGAACCCAUCAAUAAGUGACCUAAUACUUCAAUUAGAUUUAAACAAAGUCGCAGAGACAGAUAUAGAACACUUGAGAGAUUCUAUUGAAAGACGAAUGUUAACAGGGGAAAUGAAGAUACAGUCAAAAAGUCUCCUUGAGACUGAUACAGAACACUUACUAGGUGCUAUUGGAAGAGGAAUAAUAAAGGACGGAGCCAAGGCACAAUCAAUGCACUUUGCUGGGGCUAGUGCGGAACGCUCAACAGAUGAAACUGCAGGUGGCGUAAUAAAGGGACAGCUGAAGACACAAUCAAUGGAACUCCUUGUGGCUGCACCAGUCUGCAUUCGCACCAGCAGUGAAGGAGGGUUCCUUUUUCUCCAUAUCCUUGCCAGCACUUGUCGUUUGUUGAUUUGUUGAUGAUAGCCAUUCUGACAGGUGUGAGAAGAGACUGAUAAAGAAU